GGUCACAUAUUCGUUUUCGUUCAUCUCAUUUUCAUUUUUUUGUUUGUUUGUGGUCAGGCAACUCCGUUUGAUAACGAGCUGGACGCUCCUCUGAUGCUUCAGGCCACAGAUGAAGAGCGAAUGAAAGAGAAACAGCUGAAGAAGACCAACACCAUCCGCUGGUUCAAAGAGACGCAGGUGCGUAAGCUGACCAGAGACGGCGGCUUCCCCAGCUGGUUCCACGGCAUGAUCACACGCAGACGAGCAGAAGAUCUCCUGAUCGACAAACCUCUCGGCUGCUUCUUGGUGCGAGUGGGUCAGAGCCGGGAAGGUUUCACACUGACCUACAGGGUCACAUAUAUGCAAACCAGUAAUGCAAUAGAAACUCUUUUACAGGAGAAGAUGAAAACUGUGUUGACAGACUGUUUGUGUGACUAUGUUGAUCGGGUUUUCCUUUAA